CGCAAUCGCCCCGCGGCGGCUUCGGGCGGCCAUAUCGGCGCCACGCACAAUCUGCGGAAAAAUUACUGGCAUCCAAAUCAAACCGUCGCAGAGCAGAGCAACGCUCCCUAAUAGAACGAGUGCCCCGCAAUAGCUGUCAAAGACGCUCCGGUGCCGAUUUCCUGCAACUUCGCUGCAGACGACGACGAGAUUCCUCCUGAGCGACACCUAAACAAGUCUCCAAAUCUCGACUGUCCCCUGAAUCCGCCAGAAUGAGGCCCAUCCUUUUGGCGGGCCACGAGCGUGCCCUGACCCAGAUCAAAUACAACCGCGAAGGCGAUCUCAUCUUCUCUGUCUCUAAGGACCAGCAAAUUUGCGUGUGGUUCGCACACAACGGCGAGCGGCUCGGCACAUAUCGCGGCCACCAGGGUGCCAUCUGGACCAUCGACGUCGACCCCACCACCACCAUCCUCGCCUCAGGAUCGGCCGACAACACAAUCAGGCUCUGGGACGUCAAGACGGGCAAGUGCCUCAAGACCUGGGACUUCCCGACGGCCGUCAAGCGGGUCGAGUUCAACGAGGAUGGAACCAAGCUGCUGGGCGUGACGGAGAAGCGCAUGGGGCAUCUAGGCACCAUCGUUGUGUUGGAUGUCAAGGUCGAUGUCGAGGCUGAGCAGGCCGACGAGAAGGCCAUGACGAUCGUGUGCGAGGAAAGCAAGGCGACAGUUGCCGGGUGGAGCUACCUCAGCAAGUAUAUCAUUGCUGGUCACGAGGACGGCUCCGUCUCACAGUACGACGGCAAGACGGGCGACCUGAUUUACAACAUCCCUAUCCACGAGCUGAACCAGCCAAUUACCGACCUGCAAUGGGCACCGGACCGGACAUAUUUCAUCACGUCGUCAAAAGACAAGACCGCCAAACUCAUCACCGCAAAAGACCUCGAAGUCCUCAAGACCUACACCGCCGACACGCCCCUCAACAGCGCGACCAUCACGCCGAAGAAGGACUUCGUCAUCCUGGGCGGUGGCCAGGCCGCCAUGGACGUCACCACGACCGCGGCUCGGCAGGGCAAGUUCGAGGCCCGCUUCUACCACAAGAUCUUCGAGGACGAGAUCGGCCGCGUGCGCGGCCACUUCGGCCCGCUCAACACGGUCGCCGCCGACCCGACCGGCAAGGGGUACGCGAGCGGCGGCGAGGACGGCUACGUGCGCGUGCACCACUUCGACAAGGGCUACUUCGACUUCAUGUACGAGGUGGAGCGGGAGCGGCAGAACAGGCUGGCGGCGGCGGCCAGCGCUUGAUUUAUGUAGUCGGUAGGACGUGGAGAUGAGGAGGAUUGGCGGUGACGGUUCGGGCAUUUACAAUGGCGUUUUCAGGGACACAUAAACUUGGGGUUGGCGGAUCAAGGGGCGAGGAGGGAAAAACGGGUACUUGCUCCCAUUUUCCUUGGAAGAAAAAUGAGGUUCUUUGCUCAGGUACUCUAGUUCGCUCGUGUAGCUCGGUCUGCUUGCUCCCCAUAUCCGCUGGGACGUGGAUACCCUACAUCGGCUUGUCUUCAGUUGUACCACAUC